AUGCUCAAGACAACUCUGGAGAUCAGACUGUAUGAUGAGGACACCCUGAAGUAUGACUGCCUGAUCACAACCUUGAAGUUUGACAUCAGGAGCCUGACUAUAGGGAAGAAGGAAAUCAUGGCAUUCACCAUUGACCCUGAGGUCAGCUUACAAGAAAAUAUCGUGGGUUCGGGCGAGCAGAAGCAAGCUGUCUCUUACUGGAUUUUGAAUGUCACCAUACUGAGUGCAAAGAAGCAUUCCUCUCGCGAUUACUUUUCCGAAUCUGACUGCUAUGUGAUUCUCUCUCUCCCCACGGCAACGGCAAAGACUUACCGCACAAAAACAGUGCACAAUAGUAACAAUCCAGAGUGGAAUGAGAAUUUUACCUUCAGAGUCCCCACCUGUGUGAAAAACAUUUUAGAGAUUCAGCUGUAUGAUGAGGACGACAUGUCGCGUGACGACCAUAUUUCUACACUUCUAUUUGACAUCAGCAACCUCACAGUAGGGAAAAAGGAGACCAAGGUCUUCACUAUAAACGCUAAGGUAAAAGCAACAGGCAGAUAUAGAAAAAUAGCAUUUACUGCAAUUUUUCAAUUUGGUUUACGACUGAUCUUGGACACUACAUGCUUGGUCAGAAUGAGAAAUGUUAUUUCCAUGUGUAUGUCUUUUUUCAAUUUCACACAGACAGAAGACCAACUUCUAAUAGAGUUUGAGCUGGAUGACAGUGAGGACCCCAUUUGUGAAUACCUCUCUAAUGGCAUCCUUAUGGCUGCCCCAUUCUCUGCGAUGGAUAUCUACAUUGACAAGUUAAUGAGCAAUGACAGCAUUAGAGACAAGGUGAUACAACUGAAGGGUGCCUAUCAGGAGAAUCACAUACUUAAUGCAAUGGAAACCUCAAAGCUGCGCUUCUACAUCAACAGGGAUUUGGAGACAGAACUAGGAGUGGCAUCCUCUGCUGCUAAAAUGGAAACUUCUAUAAAUCUCAAGCCACUGCCAGCCAAACAUUCAGGCACACUGUCCCUUGUUCUUGAUCAGGACACUGUGGAUUUAGAUAUGGAAACACAUGAAGGAGAUGAUGAGAUUCUUGCAGUUCGUCUGGACUUUGACAUCCCACCUGAAGAGAAGGAGUAUCUAAAGAAGAGGAAAGUUGUAGUGGCACAGGCUUUGCAGAAUAUUUUAGGACUUGCCUCUCAACCUGAACCUACAGAGGUGCCAACUAUAGCACUUGUGGCUUCAGGUGGAGGAGCCAGAGCAAUGACAGGUCUGCUUGGUAGUCUGAGGGGCCUGAAGGAUAUAGGCGUCCUUGAUGCUGCCAGUUACAUUACUGGUGUUUCUGGAUCCACAUGGGCGAUGUCUGCUCUGUAUCAGGAAGCUAACUGGUCACAGCAGGACAUGGAUGAUAUCAUCUCAACAGUGAAAGUACAGAUGACCAAGAGCACCAUGAGUGCCUUCUCCCGUGAGAAACUGCAGUAUUACUAUGAUGAAAUGGAAGUGAAAGGAAAUGAUGGUUACAUUGUGUCACUCAUUGAUAUGGCGGGCCUGAUCCUUGAACAUCUUGUCUUUGGGAAAAAAAUCACCAGUACCCUGUCUGAGCAGCAGAGAGCAUUGAAUGAAGGGCAAAACCCUUUGCCCAUUUACACUGCUGUCAAUAUGAAGGAAAGGUUACAGGGCUGUGAAUCUGAAGCUGAGUGGUGUGAGUUUACUCCAUAUGAGGUAGGUCUCUACAAAUACGGGGCGUUUGUCCAAUCUGCGGACUUUGGAAGUCAGUUCUUCCUUGGUCAUAUCAUCAGGAGACUCCCAGAAGUUCGCAUCCCUUAUCUGAUGGGAAUAUGGAGCAGUGUCUUUUCUGUUAACCUGACCCAGCUUUGGAAGCUUUCCACAGGAUCCCAGCCUUCUUGGAGCCCCUGGCUUGGACCAGAUGUCAACAAAUUAGAGGUUGAGGCUGAACCAUCAACUCUGGACACAUACCUCAUAAAGCCAAUCACAAAUCUCACCAAUAUGAUGACUAAUUUCUUCCGAAAUCGUCCAGUCAUUGCUGAAAUGUACAAUUUCAUGCGAGGUCUGUUCCUGCACUGGAAUUACAAUAAACACAGCAAUUUUGUAGCCUGGAAAGACAAGCAUCCAGAUGCCUUCCCUAACCAGUUGACACCAAGUGACUCUACCCUGCGCCUGGUUGAUUCUGGUCAUGCCAUCAAUAUUGGCUGUGUGCCUGUCCUGCGGCCAGAGAGAAAUGUGGAUGUCGUCAUAUCUCUGAGUUACGCGUGGGACCCAGAACACAUCUUCAAGGUCCUACAGAAUACUGCUACUUACUGUAAAGACCAUGGAAUUCCAUUUCCCAAUGCUGAUUUUGCCAGCCUGGAAAAGGAGCCUCAGAAGGAAGUCUAUAUCUUCGAGGAUAAGGAGAAUCCCAAGGCCCCAAUAGUGGUUCAUUUCCCACUCGUCAAUAUCGCAUACAAACACUUCAAAAGUCCUGGCAUAAAGCGUGAGACUGAGGAAGAAAUAAAAGCUGGGCAGGUGGAUGUGAGCAGCAAAAAGUCUCCAUACACCACCAGCAACAUGACCUACUCAAAGGAGGAUUAUGAGGCUUUGGUGGAAUUGACCAGUUUUAACAUCUUAAACAACAAGGAGAGCAUCCUUGAUGCCUUACGCAGGGCCCUGGAGAAGAAGGGAUUCAAAAUUCAGAAAUAAGAGAUUUAGGGAUUUAUAAGGCCUGGCACAUCUCUAUUAAGGCUGACAUGUACUACUGGAAUUGGUGUUAAGUCUAAUAUGACUGUCUUUCGUAGGACACAAGACAUUGUUUAUGAUAGAAACUCAUUUUAGCAAUGAGCAAAAAGUAGUAAGGUAGAGGUUACAACACUGAUGCCCUCCACUGAUGCUAUUAAAAUGCAUUUAAAGGUGUUGUUGGUUGCUUUUCGUUAAAACACUUUUUAAAGUUGUUAGGGAGAGACAGAGUAAAAGAGAGAGCAGAUGUGGUCAAAAAACUAUAAAGUGAAUAAAGAGGGGGUGACACUAACAAGAGCAAGGCACUGAAUCAGAUAAAUAAAAAAAUAUUUUACAGAAGUUAUAUUCUAAAGCACAAAAACAAUCCUGUGAGAAGGUGCUACUUCAUCCUGUCUACUGUAGCUGGCUGUCUGCUCUGUGUGCAUGUGCGAGUGCAGUUCCUCAGUCGACCAGAGACACUGACCCACCCCCAUCAGACACUAAGAGGAGCCGCCCAAUCAUCAGAAUGAAGUGUUGACACUGUGCAUUUCUGCAAACCAUGUUAGUGCUGUACCUUUCACACAUGUCAUAUCUACAUUUCUAUCAUAUGUGUUACAUCACAUUCAGAUUACAUGUGUAUGAACUGACUGUGUUUUUGGGAGGUGGAGGAAUCAGCAGAGGCAGCUGCCAAGCAAGAGUCCACUGUUCAAGACAACUUCAACUAGCAAAGAAAUUGGCUUAUGUAAUAGCUUUCUGUGUGUCACCAAAUUCUGAUAUUUUGAAUGAGAUGCUUGAAGAGUUUCCAGCUGUGUUUGUGGUGACAAAACCAGAUAUUUUAAGGCAAAAAUAUUACCCCUUCCUGAUGCUUAGCAAAUAUUUGGUCAACCUAACUAGACAGCACUGUCACAACAUAUAAUUGAAAAUUGAACCACAAAGAAGCAUUUCAACAUUUCAAAGUUUUAACAAAUCAAAAUGCAAAGUUUCAACAUAUCCAUGUUUUGCAAAUAGUAGGAAUGAGCAAGUACAUAAUUAUCUGUAUCUGCACUCAGAAAGGGUGGUGCCCAAACUGGAAAUGAAUGCUCACUCAUCCCCUGCAGAAACACACAGUGCCAAAAUAUAUUCUGGUGACUCUAAGGAGAGGCACUUUAGGCAAACUAGAGGCUUUAUAGAUAGCAUCAUCAUCAUGCAGAAACCAAAAGGAACUUUUGUGAUAUUGUUUUCUCAAUAAUAUUUUUUCGAUGUUUCCAAUGGCUCAAUGCAACCAGGGUCUGUAAUACAAGGUAGCAUUUUGAACUGAAUUUAGCACUGUUGUACACAACCCAUUCACAUCAUUGUUAUACUGGCUUUACAGAAAAGUGUGUUUUUCCAGCAAAUAGAUAUCCCAAUGAGCUCAUUAAAAGGUAAAAGCUGCAGUAGUGAAGGAAGGACUUGAGUGCCUUUACACAGGUGGAAUCAAGCAGAAAAAAUAUCAGAACAGCUAGAAGCCAUAGGAGAAGUGAAAGUUAAAGACUGGUCAUUAAACGUUUUUAAAAAAUUGUUAAAAAUUGCCACACCAUGCAGAAAAUGCUUGUUUUGUCAUUUGGGUUCCAGGUUAAGGCUUGUGUGUUGCAUGCACCCACUACGACAUGGUUAGUCUUGAUUAUUCCUUAGUAUUGAUUUUAUUAAUUUAACUUAAGUUUUUGCUCAGUAAAGUUUGCUGUCUGAAGUAUAUAUAAGUAUAUAUAUCAAUAAAAUACAAGAUCUCAGCAAUGUUUAAAAGCUUAUGUCAUUUCUUUCAGUAAGUGCAUGACCAUGAAAAUGUGGCAGACUUUUUUUUAUAUUUUUUAAUGCCUUUUUAUCUAAGUCUGUGGAUACUGCUGGAAUUUAAAAACAUGAAACGUGAAAAACAUAUUGAGUUUCUUUUUUACGCAAGGCUGUUUAAAAACACAGCAUAUUUAUUCUUUCACACCUGCAUUUUACAGUUGGUGGACCAGGGCAGCCUGAUGUGUUCCAACAUCUGCAAAUGGCAAUUGAUUUCACAACUACAGAUCAAUGAGGUACAACAGCAAUGCUACAGCAAGGGGGAGCCAGGACAACAGGAUAGGGGGGAGAUAUCAUCAUCCCCACAUUCCUAGAAUGAGUACCAAACCCCAAUAACAGACAGAGUUCCUGAACACAAGGGACCUGACGUGAGAAUGAAGAUAAUGAUAAAGCUGGAUUACUGGCAUCCACACUAAAUUGAUAAGUGAGAUCAAUGAGUUGAUGAGCUGAUCCUUGAGAUGCUUAGCUACAAGGUUAAUACCGUAACACCAUCCCCCAUGGAAGAGGAGGCUAGGGGCCAAAGUCAGGGCCAAAGAGAGAACAGUCAUUCGGCUC